AUGAACAUUUUUAAUUAUCCUAAUGAAAAUGACUGCUCAAAUAAUGUGAGUUCUGAAAUAGAGAAAUCUUUGGAAAAAAAGGAGCUUAGGCCUCGAAAUAAUUUAAUUCCAGGAGCCUUUUAAGAAUAUAAACGAACCUACAUUAAAGUACCAUCUAAUUCAAAGGAGUAACUUGCAUAACUUGUAUUCAAGGAAGGGUUUAAAAUCAAAGAUGUAUAUUACUGAAUUUAGAAUAUAAUAGGCUGCUAAGAAAUUGAACAUUAAAUAUGCAACAGCAAAGACUAUAAUAUUUCAUAUGCGUAGAUAAAACAUAAAAUAAAUGAAGAUGAAGAACAAAAAAUGCAGAUAUACCAAAAUAACAGAGAAUUAAAUUGUGAAAUACAAAAUUAUUUCCACUCUCUCAAAUAAUAUAAUAUCUUAAAAGGAGUUUAUUAUUUAAUUUAAGCCAAAUGGUUAAGAAUUUUAAAUGGUAUGA